GGACAAAGCUCCCAAUAAGCUAAAACAUUAAUCCCGUAUAGGUGGACCUUUCGGUUUCGGACAGAUCCGGAAAAUCUAAGACCGACCCAGUUUACUAGAUACAUUAUUGAUUGUGUAUCAAGGAACACUUCACUAGUACCUGACUUAGAUUGUAAGAUAGGGACUAGAAAGUGAAAGAGAACUGUACUGUACGAUCACCCUAUUUGCAAUUUAUCUGAAUGAAGAUUAUCAAGUAUUUGAAUCUCCCGUGUCAAAGUCGAUGUUGAAUUUUUGGUAAUUGAGCCAAACUAGUUGAGCUGGUGGUCGAAUUGCCGUCAUAGAUUAACCAAUGGAAUGUUACCUCUCCUUAGUUGUCUUUCUGAUUUCUCUCCCAGCUGUUUUUGCUCAAGUGCAAGAUACUGCAUAUAGUAAUAUUAUAGUAGAUGGAGCUAGAGCUGCUGCAAAAAUAGAUCAAAACUAUAUUUGUGCCACACUUGAUUGGUGGCCUCACGAUAAAUGUAACUACAACCAAUGUCCAUGGGGGUAUGCCUCCAUAAUCAAUUUGAAUUUAUCCCAUCCUAUACUUUUCAAGGCAAUUAAAGCAUUCAAGCCUUUGAGGAUCAGAAUUGGAGGUUCUUUGCAAGACCGAGUAUUGUACGAUGUAGAAAGUUUAAAAGAUCCUUGCCAUCCGUUUCAAAAAAGGAAAGGUGGAUUGUUUGGGUUUUCAAGAGGAUGUUUACAUUUGACGAAGUGGGAUGAGCUGAACCUGUUUUUUAGUAAGACGGGAGCCAUUGUGACAUUUGGCUUGAAUGCUCUUCAUGGGAGGCACCUUAUCUACAAGAGUACUUGGGGAGGAGAUUGGGACUCUGGCAAUGCUUAUGAUUUUAUGAAGUAUACUGUCUUAAAGGGAUAUCAGAUAGAUUCAUGGGAGUUUGGUAAUGAGCUGUGUGGAAAUGGCGUUGGAGCAAGAGUUUCUCCUGAACAAUAUGGAAAAGACUUGAUUAAUCUGAGGAGAAUAAUCAAUGAGUUGUAUGAAAAGUCUGAGAUAAAGCCCACACUUAUUGCACCUGGAGGCUUUUAUGAUCAGAAGUGGUUCACUAAGCUUCUACAGGUCACAGGUUCAGGUGUAGUGAAUAUCAUUUCCCAUCACCUCUACAAUCUGGGUGCAGGUGAUGAUCCCAGACUUGUUAGUAGAAUACUGAGUCCCCAUUACUUAAACAAGACAGCAACCACAUUCAUUGAUCUUGACCAAAACUUGAAACAGCAUGGUCCUUGGGCUUCUGCAUGGGUUGGAGAGUCUGGAGGGGCCUAUAACAGUGGUGGUCGUAAUGUUUCUGAUACAUAUAUCGACAGUUUUUGGUACUUAGAUCAGCUUGGAAUGGCAGCUGUGUAUAAUUCUAAAGUGUAUUGCAGACAGUCACUAAUUGGCGGGAACUAUGGUCUCCUUGACAAAGACACAUUUCUUCCCAACCCUGAUUACUACAGUGCACUGCUAUGGAACCAACUAAUGGGAGAGAAUGUUCUUUCUGUUAUGACCAAUGCUUCGCCAUUUCUACGUAUUUAUGCCCAUUGUGCCAAGGAAAGAGCGGGCAUAACUCUACUUCUGAUCAACAUAAGCAACCAGACUGAAUUUAUUCUCAAAAUUGAAAAUGGUUUGAGUGAGUUGGUGAAUCCAAAGACUACCAUUCACAUACAAAGUUCUUUCAUUCGUGGCAUCAAGCGAUCGGUUUCUUGGGUUGGAAGAAAAACAUCAGAUGAGCCAUUGUAUAGAGAAGAAUACCUUUUGACACCAGCAAAUGGACAAUUAAGAAGUAAAACAAUGCUUCUGAAUGGUACUCCACUGGGGAUUACAAAAGAUGGAAACAUCCCAAAUCUAGAACCAACCCUUGCUGAUGUAAACUCACCACUCUCCAUCAUUUCUAGGUCCAUCAAAUUUGUUGUAUUGCCUAACUUUGAUGCCCCAGCUUGUGCCUGAUUCUCUCAUGGUAUUUCAAAAGCUCAUUUUCACAAUACUAUUUAUAUUUAUUGCAUAAUUGUAAGCUUAUGGCAAUUCAAAGUAUUGUGAGAAAUGCAAUAAAAUGAUUAAAAUUAGUACUCUGCAUAAACAUUGUAUAUGAAAAAAUACGUGUUAUUUA